AUGACUUCUCCUUGUGACCCUGCGGCCGACGUCUAUGCCCAGCGUUGGGGGAUGCUGGUGGAGUUGGAGGCAGCAGCAUCAGCGGUGGAGGGCAACGACUCCCGCGUGCUCUUCGAUGUCCCGAUCACCUGGGCCGAGAUUCAAACCGCUGAGGGAAAGAAAUCUCGGGGCUCCUUCAUCAUCUCUGCGCGCCUGGCGCGAAGCCACAAGCUGAAGUUCCGAGGCCUGUUGCCCCGAGGCGGAGAGUCUGCAUCUUCGUGGUUGUGCUUGCGGACCCACGACCUCAAGUGGUUUGCACAUGCCCUAAUUGUUCAGGCUGGCAUUCUGGAGGAUGGGCAUCAACUGACCCUUGACGAUGAGGAGAAGGCAACCGACAAGACCCAAAACUCAAUUCACGUAGUAUUCGACAUCGAAGGCACGCGGACCGCUGCACCAGACAUCGUGGAAUAUGUGCCGAAGUCUUUAUCCUACAGCUGCAUGCACAUGGCUCUUUCGGAUGUCAAUCCACCAGCACGUGCUGAUGGCCUACCUCCAGCCCCGCUGCUGGCACGCGAUAUUGUCUUGGGAAGGUUGCCACUGGAAUGUCAAGAAGAACGACAAGACUUGUCAGCUUGGCACCUGAACUCCUCUCAAGAGCAGGCUGUUUGUCGUGCCUUAGCCCGUCACUUCCAGUUGUUGCACGGCCCACCCGGAACAGGAAAGACACGCACCGCUGCCGUUCUGAUGACCCUUUUCGCUCAAAGGAAUCUUGGAGCCCGGUGUGCGAUCCUGUUUGGAGCACCCACCAAUCGGGCCGUGGAUUGUGCCUUGCUAUACACGAACCAGCUUUGCGAGAGCUAUUUUGCGGAAAGAUUGCGAGCCCGUGUUGAGCAGGAUGGCGAUGCUGAGUGUGCCAUCUGCCUUGAUGCCAAUCCAGAUGUUGUUACGGCAUGUGGGCAUGUGUUCCAUCGGACAUGCUUAGCACGCUGCUUGCAGCAGAGCAGUCAAUGCCCUUUGUGCCGGCAAAUUCUGAAACAGCCGAGGGGAGGCUUGCGAAUGCUACGAAUCUACGGUGCCGAUGCCGAACGCCAGGAUUUUCCUGUACCCACCAGAGUGGACCACCCAAAUGUUCAGACAUUCAAAGUCCAGGUGAUUCCAGAGAACAUGCGCCGCUUUUCCUGGCACUGGCGCUGUCAUGCCGCAGCCGGUGAAGAGCCUAGCGAGGAGGCGGUGGCUUGCCGACGAGCUUAUGAUCGGCUGAGAGCGUGUGCUCCGAAGAGCUCCGACUUCGAGGAACGACGUUCGGAGUAUUACGCAGCAUUGAGCAAAGCAAGAGCUGCAGAGAUUCGCCAGGCCGAUGUUAUUUUCUCCACCUGCGUGUCGGCUCGACGGAAUGCUUUACUGGAGGCACUUCUUCAGAAGAGCGCCCCCGAAAUCCGCCAGGUGGUCAUGGAUGAAGCUGGGCAGGCUCCAGAACCAGAAGCCUUGUGUCUAUUGACUUUGGCCAGAUAUGCCCAGCAUGCUGUGCUUUUCGGGGACCACAAGCAGCUGCGACCUAUUCUCCGUAGUAAGGUGGCAGAGCAGGCCGGGAUGGGAAUCUCGCUUUUCGAGCGUUUGGCUACAAGGUGUCGCAACGAUGACUCUGACAUCUGCAGCCCCGUCUCCUUGCUCGCGGAGCAGUACCGCAUGCAUCCAAGCAUCAGCCGAUUCCCACGCCGGCACUUCUAUGGAGGCCGGGUGAAGGAUCACCCGUCGGUCAAGGACAGGAUUCGCUGUGUGUUGCAUCAUGGAGGCUCCGAAGCACGUUUCUUGGUUUGGACCGGGCACAGCGGCGGGGAAGAGCUCCAACGCUUGCGCACCAUCGGUUCGGGGGGAGUUGGCUCCCGGGCCAACAACGAAGAAGCAACUAGGGCUGUGAGCCUGGCAGCCAGGCUGGCACGACAAGUGGGCGAGUCGGCAGUUGCGGUUUUAUCUUACUACAACAGCCAGGUGGCAAAGAUCAGCGAGAUGCUCCGAAGAGAAAGUCUCAGAGGCAUCCAUGUAGGAAGCAUUGCCACCGCCCAAGGUAGCGAGUGGGACUAUGUGAUCUUGAGCACGGUCCGUAGCGAAAAAGGUGGCCGUUUAGGGCUGCUUUCAGACCCACACACCAUGAAUGUGGCCAUUACUCGGGCUCGACACGGCCUUGUGGUGCUUUGUGAACAGGCCGCUCUUGAAGGGUGCCCGAACUGGUCAGCUCUGCUGCAGCAUGCGCGGUCCGAGGGUUUGAUAACAAAGGAAGAUCCAGAAGUGCGAGCCGCAGCACCAUUACGGCGGCCACUGACUGACGAAGAAGCGCUCGACCAAGAGCAGGAGAAGUUGGCCGCUAUGCUACAGAAGAUUCUUUCUGCGCCCAGACAAGAGUCCACGUCAAAAUCCUGCAGUUCCUCCAGAUCCAGAAGCCCCUUGCGAGGUUCGUCUUCCGGCAGGUCAAGCUCAAAGCCGUCCAUGAAUACAGUCGUCUUCCAAGGUUUGGAUAGAGCUUGUGGAGCUUAA